AUGAAGAAAGAAUCGUGGGCCCUGUCGGCAGACACUCCAAGCCCAGCAAGCAGUCGAGCGGUGCAGGUGUUGUCGGAAGAUGACUACCCUGAAUCAUCUGUUCCUGUGACUGCAGAUGUGGAGAAUAACAGCGAAUGCCCAAUAUGUAGCAAACAGUUCCCAGGUGAGGAAAUUGAAUUCCACGCCAGUACCUGUGGAGCAAGUGAAGAGGAUGUUCUCAGAUUAAUUGAAUCGAAAGUUGAGAGGGAGAAGACCUUCAUUAUUUGUGUCUCCAGGGAGAACAUUUUAGAGAGAGGGCUAAAUUUAUGGCAGUGCCAGAAAACUGCCCGCCCAGCAAACAUACUUAAAGUCACCUUCAUAGGAGAAGCUGGAGUUGAUACCGGGGCAUUAAGGAAGGAGUUCCUGUCUGAGAUGGUUGCUGGGAUUGAGACACGCCUCUUUGAAGGUGGGGAGAAAGGGAAGAUCCCAAAAUACUCCAUCUCUGACCUGGACAAAAGCUAUUACAAAACUGCGGGUGAAAUAUUUGCUGUCAGCCUUGGCCAAGGUGGCCCACCUCCACGUUUCUUUCAGGACUGGUGUUACCAGUACCUGGUGACAGCGUCACUUAAGGACAUUACCAAAGAUAAUGUCCAUGAUGAAGAAUCAUCCUCACUAAUUCAAAAGGUGUGCUGA